CGGACACCUAGCGGCGCCAACAGCCGGCAGCCAGCAGCCAGCAGCCAGCAGGCAGCGGGGAGAAGGCAGCGUCCAGCAGGCAGCGCUAAACCGUAGCGCCAUGGACGGGCGGGUGCAGCUCAUCAAGGCCCUGCUGGCUCUUCCCAUCCGGCCUCAGACGCGCCGCUGGAGGAACCCCAUCCCCUUCCCCGAGCUGUUCGACGGCGACACCGACCGCCUGCCCGAGUUCAUCGUGCAGACGGGCGCCUACAUGCUGGUGGACGAGAACGUGUUCACCAGCGACGCGCUGAAGGUGACGUUCCUCAUCACCCGCCUCACGGGCCGCGCCCUGCAGUGGGUGAUCCCCUACAUCCGGAAGAAGAGCCCCCUGCUCAACGACUACCGCGGCUUCCUGGCCGAGAUGAAGCGGGUCUUCGGCUGGGUGGAGGACGAGGACUUCUAGGCCGCCGGACACGCCUGCCCGACCGCCCGGGAGGGAGUCCAGGAGUCCAGGAGUCCCGGAGCUCUGCGGGCGGCAGCUUGGCUGCGUCCUGGUCCCCGUGGCCGGAUCGCCCCAGCGCCCUCCAGCCGCCGCCGCCGCCGCCACCCCGCCCCCUCUCUCACCUGCCAGUUGAGUCUCGCUGCUGGGCUUCCUUUGUUCUGGAGGAGGUGCCGCUCCCUCCCGCCUCUUCUGGUCUCCCUGCUCCCCUUCCACCCUCCUUGCUUCUAGCUCACUGCGUGCCACUGAGGCCUGCAGACCCUCCUGCGGAGCCCAUUGUCCUGCAGCCUUCUGAAGUGACUGUGGAAGCUCUGAGUGCCCAGCCCUCAGGUUACUGUUUCUGCUCCACGUGGAACUAGCUGCCUGCCCCUGGCCAGUAUGUCACCACUGCUGCUGCUGUGGUCUCCUUAGAGCCUGAGCACCCUCAGGCCCUUCCCUUCUCUCCAAGAACUAUAGCCUGGAGCCAUCUGCACUGGCCAGCAGGUCUCAGGGCCAUGACCAGACACACUGUGCUCCACUCUAGCAGCUGGGCAGGCACCCUGGGGGCCAGGCUGGCCUCCUCUCCCCUGGCAUAGGAUGCCUCCCCUUUCUCCUCCCACAGACCACUGCAGCCCAGACCCAGGCCUGCCUGUGGCUACCUCCACUCACCUGUUUGCUCCGUGAACCUGCUGUGUUGCUGUCUGCCUACUUUUCUUCUGAACUUGCAGUAUUUUCUAGUUACAUGUUUCUUGUGCAAUUUUAUGUAAUAAACUUUUAGAAAAGUGAAGCAUAAUCCUGUUACCCAAUAUUACGUGAUUGAAGUUCUUUUUCUUAUUUUCAAUAAAUGUCAGGUGUACUUGAAAAGAAA